CCCACGUCACAAAUACUACAAAGGCAGGACAAUUUGGACAAUUGACAAUUGUGAACUGCAGAGUCCAACGGAUUGUGUAACCCACUCGCAGGUCAAAUUAUUCAUUAAUCUCGAAUUGUCUAGGUGGUUUUGUCUCAUUAUCCGCCAAUAUGAGUGACGCUCAGGCAAACGAGGCCGAGAAGAAUAUCGAGAUUUGGAAGGUGAAAAAAUUGAUUAAACGUCUCGAAGCUGCGCGUGGAAAUGGAACCUCUAUGAUUUCUCUCAUUAUUCGUAAGAGACUAUAUCCAUCCAUUUGCUUGUAUACUCUCUAACAUGUUGUUCAGCCCCAAAGGAUCAAGUCUCCCGUGCGGCGAAAAUGUUGGCAGAAGAAUACGUAUGUCGACACUUUCCUCGAUAUUUUCCCUUCUACAUGCUGACUCGGGCUUGGAUAUAGGGUACCGCAUCAAACAUCAAGUCUCGGGUUAAUCGUCAAUCCGUUCUUUCUGCUAUCACAUCUACGCAACAAAGACUCAAGUUGUACAACAAAGUUCCGCCAAAUGGCUUGGUCGUAUACUGUGGCGAAAUUCUAACUUCAGAAGGAAAGGAAAGGAAGGUCAACAUUGAUUUCGAGCCCUUCAAGCCCAUCAACACAUCUCUCUACCUCUGCGACAACAAAUUUCACACGGAAGCUCUCGCUGAGUUGUUGGAAUCUGACCAAAAGUUCGGUUUCAUCAUUAUGGACGGAAAUGGCGCCCUUUUUGGUACGUUGAGUGGAAACACUAGAGAUGUUGUUCACAAGUUUUCUGUCGAUUUGCCAAAGAAGCAUGGUCGCGGUGGGCAAUCUGCUCUUCGUUUUGCGCGUCUUCGUGAGGAAAAGCGACACAACUACGUCCGAAAGGUCGCCGAAUUAGCUGUCCAGAACUUCAUUACAGCCGAUAAGGUUAACGUAGCUGGUAUUAUCUUAGCCGGUUCCGCCGAUUUCAAAAAUGAUCUCAACCAGUCCGACCUGUUUGACAACCGUUUGGCCACAAAGGUCAUUAAGGUCGUUGAUGUUUCUUAUGGUGGUGAGAACGGAUUCAAUCAGGCCAUUGAGCUUUCGGCCGAAACACUUAGCAACGUCAAGUUCAUUCAAGAGAAGAAGCUCAUCGGAAAGUACUUUGAGGAGAUCAGUCAAGACACGGGACGAGUUUGUUAUGGUGUUGAGGAUACUUUAAAGGCUUUGGAACUAGGUGCUGUUGAAGUUCUGAUUGUUUUCGAGAACCUCGAAAUCAACCGAUGGGUGUUGAAGGACAGCAAUGGUAAUCAAACAAUUCUACAUACUACUAAGCAAUCCGAGACUGCGAAUCGAGAACAAUUCAUGGACAAGGAAACUGGUCAAGAAAUGGAGGUCGUCUCUUCAGAAUCGUUCUUAGAAUGGAUCGCCGAGAAGUACAGAGAUUUUGGUACAACACUCGAGUUUGUUUCGGACAGAUCUAGUGAGGGUAACCAAUUCGUUAAGGGUUUUGGUGGUAUUGGUGGCCUCUUGCGUUACAAGGUCAACUUUGAGCAGUUGGCCGAAGUCGAUGAUGAUGAUGACUACUACGACGGUAUGUUACGACUGUCUCACAAAUGGUCAAACUUUCAGAAGCUAAUAUUCAUGUAGAUUGACAGUUUGAUGCCCUCGCAUCGGGCGAGGAGCCAACUCCAGUCGAACCGUCAAGCCAAAUUCUGUCACACCGCCCUCGUGCCGUGGAACAGACGACCCCAGCGCAGCCGGCUAGCCCAGCCGGCUCGAGACUAAGAGGGAACUCAGGGAACACCCGUCCCAGCCCUCUUCGGUCCGUCAUGACGGCUUCUUGAGUUGGAGAAACCAUAUUUCAGGUACACGAUCCAUGGUUGUUCGCUCUGGACACUUUCUAAUAGUUUUGUGCAGAACAUAUGAAUCCCUGAAAAACUAGGCGAUACCCUGAUGUUUCUCAUGUGUGUUAAGGUUGAAGAAAGAUUGCGUUUUGGCAGAAUUGCUUGCUAUCAAAAGGUAUGGAAUAUCUGAAGUUCAGUAUCACUAGAUCAACCAUGGAUAGAUCAGAUUCCUGAACUCAAAUAUCAGACAAUUUUUAUACUUAAGCUCGAUGCUUCAUGCUGUUGUCGGUCAC